AUGGUCCGAGUGAAGGAGCGUUACCUUCUGGUCAACAUCAUUUACCCCCCCGCCGAGGGUUCUCGCGUUGGCAAAUCGACCACGCCAAAUCUUGUCGUCCAGCACCAACCAACCACUGAGAAUCUCACUCCAGGCAUACUCGUCAGGGCUCUCAAAUCACAAGUCGCUUCAUUAUUUGGAGACUAUGGUGCAGGGUGUCUCGAGAGCGAUCUGUCAGUUAAAUACUUUUCUCUUGCUACUUCUACAGCCAUCAUAAGAUGCUCUAGAGACCACUAUCAAAUGCUGUGGUCAGCCUUGACCUUUAUGGAUCGCGUUCCAACCAAGGACGGGAGUGGGAGACCUUGCAUUUUUCGCGUUGUACGUGUCAGCGGCACCAUUCGCAAGGCGGAGGAAGAAGCCAUCCGCCAGGCCAAACAACGACUCAUUGAGGCCAAAGAAGCUUCCUCACAAAUACCUUCCUCACUGGCACCUACAGAAUCAAGUCGGCCAGAUGUAAUUCUUGACGCUAUGGGUGAUUCGGAUGACGAGUCGAUGCACGACGCCGAUGACUGA